GCGGGGCUCUUCUGGACAUACUAAAAGCGUGCGCGAGCGCUCUCUUCUGUCCUGUACGGAGGAGCACGUGUGACUGAUCGGGUUUACCUGCGCCACUCUCCACAUUAUCAGCUUUACUGUAAAAACAACCUUCAGUCAUGGUUAAGCUUGCCAAGGCGGCUAAGAAACAAGCGCCUCCAAAGAAAAAGGCACCUCCACCUCCCAAGGAAGUGGAAGAAGAAUCCAGCGAUGAGGAAGAAGAGGUGAGGAAUCCAUCAGCUAAAGCCGUAACGAAGAAAGCAGCAGCUCCGGCUAAGAAAGUGAAGAACGGGAAAGCUGCUGCCAAACAGGAGAGCGACGAUGAAGAAUCUGAAGAGGAAGCUCCUCCCCCAAAGAAGGCCACGCCUGCUAAAGCUGCAGCUCUUGCCAAGAAAGCAGCGCCUGCUGAGGAGUCCGAUGACGACGAGGAGGAUGAUGAAGAUGAUGAAUCUGAGGAAGAGCUGCCUCCACCCAAGAAGGCGACUCCGGCCAAAGCCACAAAGAAAGCAGCUCCUGCAGCCAAAGCACCUGCUGCGGAGGAGGAUGAUGAUGAGGAAGAUGAUGAUGAAGAAGAGGAAAUGGACACGACUCCAGCCCCCAAAAAGGCAGGAAUGGUGAAAGCAAAGGAGGACUCUGAAGAGGAGGAAGAUGAUGAUGAUGAGGAGGAUGAUGAUGAUGAGGAAGAAGAAACCCCGGUCACUCCAGCGAAAAGGAAAGCUCAGACCAAAAAAGAGAAGGGAACGCCGCCGACAAAGAAAGCUAAAACUGAUGGUGAAGGUUUCAGUCUCUUCUUGGGCAACUUGAACAACAAUAAAGACUUUGAUGAAAUCAAGUCUGCAAUCACAAAGUUCUUCUCAAAGGAAGGCCUUGAAAUUCAGGAAGUCCGUCUUGGCGGGACCAAGAAAUUUGGCUACGUUGACUUCGCGUCAGAGGAAGACCUGCAGAAGGCUUUGGGACUCAACGGCAAGAUUCUGUUGGGCCAACCGGUGAAACUCGACAAAGCCAAAAGCAAGGAAAACUCCCAGGAAAACAAAAAAGAGAGAGAUUCACGCACUUUGUUCGUAAAGAACCUGCCGUACUCCGUAACGCAGGAGGAACUGAAGGAAAUCUUUGACCAGGCUGUUGAUAUCAGGAUGCCGAUGGGCAACAGCGGUUCGAGCAGAGGAAUUGCCUACCUUGAGUUCAAGUCUGAGGCAAUCGCAGAGAAAGCAAUGGAGGAGGCACAAGGGACCGAUGUUCAGGGCCGUUCUAUCAUCAUAGACUUCACCGGAGAAAAGAGUCAGAAGGGCGGCAAACCUGCUGCUGUUGCAAACAAAGUACUGGUGGUAAACAACCUAGCGUUCACUGCGAAUGAAGACGCCCUCCAGAGUGUGUUUGAGAAGGCCGUGUCCAUCAGAAUACCACAGAGCAACAACAGACCGAAGGGAUAUGCGUUUUUAGAGUUUGAGAACGUGGAGGAUGCCAAGGAGGCGCUGGAGAACUGCAACAACACAGAAAUCGAGGGAAGAAAUAUCAGAUUAGAGUUCAGUCAGAACGAAAGAGAGAGAGGCAGUGGAGGAGGAAGAGGAGGCUCUGGACCUACAAAAACCCUUUUUGUCAAAGGCCUGUCAGAAGACACCACAGACCAGUCUCUGAAAGAGUCGUUUGAUGGAGCGGUCAAUGCCAGAAUCGUCAUGGACCGAGACACCGGGUCAUCUAAAGGGUUUGGUUUCGUAGACUUCGAUAGCGAAGAAGACUGCAAGGCGGCCAAAGAGGCCAUGGAUGACGGCGAGAUCGACGGGAACCGAGUCACUCUGGACUACGCCAAGCCUAAGGGCGAGGGCGGCCGAGGGGGCGGCAGAGGAGGUUUCGGAGGACGUGGCGGUGGACGAGGUGGUUUCGGAGGCCGAGGGGGCGGCAGGGGCGGUGGCUUCAGGGGAGGACGAGGAGGAAGAGGCGGCGGCUUCAGAGGAGGAAGAGGCGGUGGACGCGGUGGAUUCGGCGACAGACCACAAGGGAAGAAGAUGAAGUUUGAUUAAGUCUGUAACUGAACUGUUUCCGUUUGCUUAAAUCCACAUUGUCGGAGCGUUUCUAGGACAUUCCAGAAAGCAUCAGUAACUGUACAGUGACCCCCGACCCCUCGCUCCCUUUUAACUGUGCGAGUUCUGAAACGUCCCAAGCAUUCGCGUGAAUGUUGUAAUUAUGCUCUGCUGGUUUAGAUACAGGUUGUACAUGCAACAGUUUGGUGUGUGUGCGUGUGUUUGGUCUUUUUGUUAUGGUGUGCAUCAACACCCCACCUCCAACAAAUUAUUUAAUUUUCUUUUUAAGGAAAUAACUUUAACUUUAGGUUCAAGUUUAAUGUGCAGUACCCUUUUAAUGUGCAAAGCAUAUUGUAACACAUAGAGUUGAUUGCCUAUUUAGAGAUAAAUCUAUUUGAAUGGGAUUAACAUGGAUAUAAAGUGUGUGGUAUGGCUAGUGUCAAAUUUAUAAACUAAAUUUGGCUUGUGACAGUGUUUUGCGCUUUCUUUUUUUUGUUUCCAGAUUUUUCACAAUGUAAAGAACCAUUUUGAUUAAAAUUGGUUUUUUAAA